AUGGCUACCAACGAUAAGAAACAAUCUGGUUUGGCCCGUGUUUUGGGGUCAGCAUCUGCUGGUAUUUUGGAGAUCGGUGUGUUCCACCCUGUGGACACGAUUUCUAAGAGAUUGAUGUCUAACCACACCAAGAUUUCAUCAGCAUCUCAAUUGAACAGUGUUAUUUUCCGUGACACUGCGAGCGAGCCAUUGGGCAAGCGUUUGCUAUCUUUGUUCCCUGGUUUGGGGUAUGCUGCUUCAUAUAAGAUUUUGCAGCGUGUUUACAAGUAUGGUGGACAACCAUUUGCCAAUGAGUUUUUGAACAAGAACUUCAAGUCCGAUUUUGACCAAGCGUUUGGUGAAAAGACCGGUAAGGCUUUGAGAUCUGCUACAGCUGGUUCUCUCAUUGGUAUUGGUGAGAUUGUGUUGUUGCCAUUGGAUGUGUUGAAGAUCAAGAGACAAACCAACCCAGAGGCUUUCAGAGGCAGAGGUUUCAUGAAGAUUUUGAAGGACGAAGGGUUUGGGUUGUACCGUGGUUGGGGCUGGACUGCAGCCAGAAAUGCUCCUGGUUCGUUUGCGCUAUUUGGUGGUAAUGCGUUUGCCAAGGAGUACAUCUUGGGGUUGAAGGAUUACGGACAAGCCACCUGGGGCCAGAACUUCAUUUCUUCGAUUGUUGGUGCUUCUGCAUCUUUGAUUGUGAGUGCUCCAUUGGAUGUGAUCAAGACUAGAAUCCAAAACAGAAACUUUGAGAACCCAGAAAGCGGGUUCACCAUUGUCAAGAACACAUUGAAGAACGAGGGUAUCACUGCCUUCUUCAAGGGUUUGACCCCUAAGCUAUUGACCACUGGUCCAAAGUUGGUGUUUUCUUUCGCCCUAGCCCAAACAUUGAUUCCAAUGUUUGACAACUUGGUUUCCGGAAAAUAA